GCUACAUCUCGCGUUAUCCUUCCUCCCUCCUCCAGGACACUGGGCAGUGCACCGACAUCUGGAUGAAAAUUUAGGGUAAUGUUUUUUUUGUUUUUGAAUGUAAUUUAAAUUGGACAUUGACAACAAGCCUCGCUGACUGCAUCAUGGUCAAUCUCUGCUGCCUUUGCUGCGGUGAAAUCCCUCAACCCCGCCCCCCUCCGUCCGGCCAGUCGGCACCCCCGCGGGAUCCCCGCUGCGUGCAGCAACAGCAGCCUGCUGGCUCCGGCCCAGACGGUGCGAGGCUGAAGGGGGCACAGAAAGUGAAUAAAAAGGAGUGAGUUCAUAAUCUGUCUCUGACAUGCGAAAAGUGCAGCAUGAUCUCCUCCGAUCUGGACUCUGCGGAGGACACGGCAACCAGCGCUCCCAACGAUGCUGAGGAGGGAGAGGAGCAGGAGGAAGAGGACUCACCGGCUGAGAGCGAUGUCCUGGAGGAGCAGCGUCCAGUGAAGCAGUCCCUGGGUGAUUGUGUUUGCCGGGAGUCCCAUUGGCGCUGUCUGCUGCUCUCUCUGCUCAUGUACAGCUGCCUGGGUGUGGUGGCCUGGUGUCAGCUGACCUUAGUCACCAAAAUCAGCUUCAACUCCAACCUCACCUUGUCCUUCAAGGCCUCCUCCACCUCCUCCGUGCGGGGGACCUCUGGGAUGGGCGUUGGAGGACGCUCAAUGAUCUACCACGACAGCCCCUGCUCUGACGGCUACAUCUACAUCCCUCUGGCCUUUCUGUUCAUGCUCUAUGUCUUAUACAUGGUGGAGUGCUGGCACUGCAGAGUCAGGAGCGAGCUGCAGAGCAAAGCAGAUGUGUACAGUGUGUAUGAGCGCGUGCUGCGGAUGAGACAGGCCCACCCUUGCAUAUGGUGGAAGGCUAUCAGCUACCACUUUGUCCGACGGACUCGGCAAGUCACUCGAUACCGUAACGGGGAUGCCUACACCACUAUGCAGGUGUACCAUGAGAGAGUGAACACCCAUGUUGCUGAGGGAGAGUUUGACUACAGCCACUGUGGGAUGAAAGAUGUAUCGCGUGACCUCAGAGGCUUGGAGGGACAUCCAGCAACUCGCCUGCGCUUCACCAAAUGUUUCAGCUUCACAGAGGCUGGCCCAGAAAAUGAUUACCUCAACCAGAGAGCAAGGUUCUUCUCUGAAAUUGAGGGUUUGGAUGAUUACAUGGAGGCCAGGGAGGGGAUGCACUUGAAGAAUGUGGACUUCAGAGAAAACCUGCUUGCCUAUGUAGACCCAGAUAGGAUGCCUUGGUACACUUCCCAGGUUGCCUUCUGGCCAGCAGCUCUGCUGAUGUUGUCCUGGCCUCUGAGAGUGCUGAUAGAGUACCGCACUGCUUAUGUGCACUACCGCAUAGAGAAACUAUUUGGGUCAGAGUACAGCCACAGCAGCCCCUCUCCUCUGGAUGAAGACAGGCCUUUGGGGAAUAAUAUUGGGUGUGUUAUUCCCAGAGUAGACACACUGGACAGCACUGAAAUGGAGUGGCACAUACGCUGUAACCGUCAGGUGGUUCCUAGCUACUCAGAGGCCAUGCUGAUAAACAUGAGCACAGCAGACUCUAACUCAUUACUAGACACUGAAUGCACCUCAUCCUCAAACUGCUUCCUUCUGGACAGCAGCCAGACUGCUCAGAGUUACGGCGCUCUGCAAAGCCAGGAGGACUGCGAGCAGUGCAGGGAGCCGAAUGGACGAGGUGAUGGAGGAGGCAGGAGGAGGCCCAUCACCAGCUCCAGCUGCUCCUCCAUCUUCUCCUGCCGGGGAGCGCUGCUCCACUCGCACCUUUCCUCAGACACGUCUCGCUUCUCUCUCUGCCGCAUGUACGGUUCCCAUCGCACCGUGGCUCUGUGGAGGAGCCGCAGCAGCAACCUGACUGACCCCUGCUGCAUGGACGAGCAGUGCUGCAGGUCCAACUCCAGCCAGCUGACACUCAGCGAUAGUCCACCGACUUAUAGGGACGCCCGGUUCUUCCCAGUGCUCAUCGUGCAUCGGUCUGAGGGCUGUGGCAGUGAGGACGGGAGAGAAGUGAGGCGAUAUUAUAUACGGAGAGGGUCGUCCUGCGUGGAGACAGCUCUGUGAAGGACAUAAAGACACCUAUUGAGUCGGUAUAUGAGUCGAGAUGGAUUCAAAUCAGUAAUGAUGGAUGGUGUUGGUCACUGUUUGUUCCAUAGACAGAAUGACAUUAAUGAAGAUUAUGGAGCUCUUUCAGGAAAUUCCACUGUAAAUAUGAAAUAAAAUAAACUUUUGUACACAGUCCCUAAAAGGUCAAAGAGUCCCUCCCUGUAUUGAAUUGCACAUGUCCAUAUUAUUGCAGUUAAAUUGUGUCUGCAGGUGUGGGACAAAAUGUUUGCAGUGUGUCUAAAUGCAUCACCUCUGCAUUGUCAUACCCUCCUUGUGGAACCAACCUCUACAGUGUGUAUAAUGAUAAUAAUAACUAACUAAAUGGUGCACACUAACACUGAUACAUUAAAACUGCACGGCCUCA